CAUGCGGCAAUUUUCACUUUACCAGAGAUUAAUCUUCUAGAACCAAUGUAACCAUGCUAAGCAGUAGUUCAAAGGCAUCCCCGACAAUCUCCUCGUUGUGUACUAGCCCUACGACAAAACCCUGCAUAUUCCAACCUUGCAAAUUUACGUAACGUUGACAGCAAAUGUAAACAUCCAGCAUCAUGGAAUCCAAAGAACCGGCAUCGCCUACUAGGGUGUAUACAAAAGUUGGUGAGGCUAGUACAUAGAAAUUAGGUUAAGGAGUUAUAUGGAAAGGGGGGCAACGUUGUCGUGAUCCCCGCCCAAUACGAGCUGGAGUUCAUGCCCUAUCGUCGUUGUGACCGCCGAUCAAGCUGGUUUUGCUCCACUCGCCAUGAUGAGACUCACCCCAGAUAGAAUUUAGUAUAAAGACCCUUCUCUAUUCAUCAACCUAAUCAACUCACUUCACUUUCGUUCACCCGAAACAAACAUUCAAAAUGAAGUUCUCCGUCGCUACCCUCUUCGCCGCUACCGCUGCUGCCGUCACUGUCGGCAAGCGUGACACCGUCUUCUCAGUCUCCGAGUUCUCGGCUGGCUGCGUCAGCCACAGCACCCAGUGCGUGUACUCCUUCACUGUCAUCCAGCCCGGCACCAUGGAGAAGACUGGCGUCAAGUGCUCGGCUUCCGCCACCGCCGGUACCAACGGCGAGCUCCCCGAGGUCAAGAAUGCUUCUUGCGAGCAGUCGUCCAGGACAUUCAGCGUGACCAAGAGUGCCAGCGGCCUGACCCUCACCGUCACUCAGCCGGUCACUCCCGUCAGCAACCAGUCCGGCUCCCACCUCAUCCCCAACGCCCAGCUCAAGACCACCAACGAGCCCAACGCUGUUGUCCAGAGCUACACCGGCCCUGCUAGCUUCAACCUCGAGUAACUUGUCGGCCUCGAUACGAAUUGACGGAUUUGAGUUCUUCUAGCAAGCUUGCAGCGUUUUAGAAUUUGGCGGGGGCUUUCGUGACCAGACUGUGGUUGAUGUUCCCAAAUAGAUAUUAGAUUAGAUAGAAUUGUGCGUGUUGAAUAUACAUAUCGCAUCAUUUUCACGGCUGCUUGACUGUUUGUGGUGUCUAUUGGUUUACAGUGCGUUAUCUUCCCUCACCAAGGAGCGAAUUAUUACUCAGUAAUAUAUAAUCGUAACAUUCGGGUUUAAUUCAUCGAUUAUCGCGUAAUAUUUCUUCAAUUGGCAGUGAGCUGUAUCUCACCUUUGCGA